AUGUUGCAGAGGACAGGGCGUUGGUUUGCUUUCCUCGUACUUUGCCUGGCCACUGGUGUGUUUGCUUGCUCUGAUGAGAGCUACACUUCUGUGGGGUCCGCGACAUCAGGCACCAUUGCCACGCCAGGCUCCAGUUACAUCAACAAUGCAGACUGCAGCUACACCUUUGACUUUGUCCAUGGCGGCAUCGAGCUCGUCUUCAACACCUUUGACCUCGAGAACGGCUUUGAUUACAUGUACAUCUACGAAGGGACGACCAUUCCGAGUGCCGAGUUUCUCAAGAUCCGUGUAACCGGGAACGAGGCUGCGGGCAAGACCAUGUACUUUGAGGCCUCGCAGGUUGUCGUCGUCUUCCAGUCGAACAGCUUCACCACAAGGACCGGGUACUCGAUCAACUGGGCGCGCAAGACGUUUUCGGCAUCAAGCCCCGGUCCGCCGUCGCCGUUGGCCACGCCUGAGUGCUCGUACUCUGAGCCGCCGACCGGCAGCUGGCCGUCGCUGGAAAUCGUCGGUGACGCCACCUUUGAGUUCAACCUCCGCCUCGACACCACUGCCAUGACCUCUCGCGUCGACAUCUUCUCGUUCCACUCCACCACCACCGAUUUUAUCAUCCGCUUUCUCGGCGAUGACAUCUUUGACCAGCCUGGCACUACGAACGAGGCCCACCGGACCAUUGGGUUCCAGGCCACCGGCGGGUUUGGCUACUACGAGGCGCAAGCUCCGACCGGCUCGGCAUCGCCGGGCGUCGACGUCCAUCUGGCGGGCGUCUUUGACUCUGGCACCGGAACGUGGUCUAUCUUUGUUGACGGCAUGCCCAAGACAACCCUGGUCCUGCAGCAGAGCAGCUCGCCAUACACGCUCUCGUCGAGCGGCCUCGGCCUCAACAUCGGCUACUAUCGCAUGCGCUGGGAAGUGGCCGAUCGCAUGUGGGAUAUGCGGGUGUGGAACUACUCGCGGACGGCAGCAGAGAUCGACGACCGGCUUGAUUGGCCUCUUUCGCCUUGA